AUGGCUGCGCCACACACCCCACGGCCCCGCCUGCCGCACGGCGCCCCGGCGCUCCUGCUCCUCCUCACGGCUCUCGCCGCCGCCACCGCCUGCCACCACCUGCGGCCCCGCCACGCCACCUUCCCCUGGGACAGCCUCCAGCUCCUCCGGGCCAUGGCUCCCAGCCCCACACAGCCCUGCCACCACCAGCACGCGCCCUCCUUCCCCGACACCCUCCUCAACACCCCCCGCUCCCAACAACCCGCCGCCGCCCUCACCAUCCUCCAGCACCUCUUGCAAAUCCUCAGCAGCAACAGCAUCCCCCAACAUUGGCACAACCAGGCACGGGAACACCUCCUCAACAGCCUCCACCACCACAGCCAGCAGCUCCAGCAGUGCCUGACACCCAACAGGAUGCUCUUCCGAACACAAGGACCCCGCAACCUGCUGCUCACCAUCCACAAAUACUUCGGGGACAUCCAGGACUUCCUCCGCACCCACAACCACAGCGCCUGCGCCUGGGACCACGUCCGCCUCCAAGCUCACAUCUGCUUCCAAUACAUGGACCAACUCCUAGGGCAGGUGAAGAGCCAAAGCGCUCCUGCCCUCCACCAAACCCGCCUGCGCCCAACACCCAUUCCCAGCCAACAACAGCGGCUGCAGACGGAGCAGAGGCCACAGCAGCCCGGGCUGGGAUCGCUCAGCACCGCUCCCAGACAGGAGCCGACGGCCACAAGGGAGUGAGCACAGGCGGGUCCAGGCUGCAGCGCAGCCGCACACCCACCUCUGCUGGAACGGAAGGAGGAGGAACCUGCUGUGCCGCACACUCAUGGA